UUGCACGAAAAUGUUCUUGUAUUUCGUACUAAAUUCUUCAUAACCCUAGCUGAUAACGGCAUGCUCAUUACUGUUACCAUCAGUACUUCCAUCAGGAAACAACUAAGUUCAAAAGGGUUCUCCCAAAUUCGAUAUUUUUCUAUUAUCAGACCUGAAAAGGCACCUGAAAACAAGCAGGAGCCGGAGAUCGAACGACCAAUUCAUGAAGACGUUUUCAAAUCAGGUCAGAAAUUGGGUUCAUUUAAAGUGGGUGACCCCACAUUUUACUCUCUCAUUGAAAACUUCUCGAAAACAGGAGAUUUGAUAUCGUUGGCGAAGGUUUUUAAUCAGAUGAAGCGUGAAAGAAGAGUGUUCAUAGAGAGGAAUUUUAUAUUAGUAUUUAAAGCCUAUGGGAAAGCAAAGAAAGCUGAAAAUGCUUUAGACUUGUUUGAUAAAAUGUGGGUCGAAUACCAAUGCAGACCAAGUGUUCGAUCAUUUAACUCAGUGAUUAAUGUAGCCAUACAAGAGGGUUUGUUUAGUAGGGCUCUGGAGUUCUAUUCUUCUGUUGUAAUUCGGGACAAGAGGGUUUUACCGAAUGUGUUAACAUACAAUCUGAUUCUUAAAGUAUUGUGUAGAUUAAGACUGAUUGAUAGGGCUAUAGAGACGUUUAGGGAGAUGCCUGUUAGGAAAUGCACACCAGACGUGUUUACUUAUUGCACUUUAAUGGACGGGUUGUGUAAGGAAGAUAGGAUCGAUGAGGCAGUUUGUCUCUUGGAUGAGAUGCAAGUUGAGGGUUGCUUCCCAACUGCUGUGACCUUUAAUGUGUUGAUUAAUGGGUUGUGCAAGAAGGGUGACUUGGCACGGGCAGCAAAUGUUGUGGAGAAUAUGUUUCUGAAAGGAUGCGUGCCAAAUGAAGCAACCUAUAACACUCUUAUACAUGGUCUCUGCCUAAAAGGAAAACUGGAGAAGGCGGUUAGUCUUUUGGAUAGAAUGGUUCGGAAUAAAUGUAUUCCCAAUGAUGUUACAUAUGGUACAAUCAUCAAUGGGUUAGUGAAGCAGGGAAGGGCUGUUGAUGGUGCACACAUGUUGGUCUCAAUGGAGGAAAGAGGACUUAAAGCAAAUCAGUAUGUUUAUUCGACGCUUAUAAGUGGGUUGUUCAAAGAGGGGAAACCCAAAGAGGCAUUGAACAUGUGGAAGGAGAUGAUAAGUAAAGGGUGCAAACCCAAUACUGUACUCUAUGGCACUCUUAUAGAUGGUUUAUGCGGAGAAAUGAAACCAGAUGAAGCUAAGGAUGUUCUGCUUGAGAUGGAUAAAGUGGGUUGUAAGCCCAACGCUUUCAUAUAUAGCUCCCUGAUGAAGGGGUUUUUCAACAUGGGUAACAGCGAUAAAGCUCUUUCCCUUUGGAAAGAGGUUGCAAGUAAUGAUUGUGUGCAAAAUGAGGUUUGCUACAGCGUACUCAUUCAUGGCCUAUGCAGUGAUGGCAAGUUGGAGGAGGCUCGAAUGUUUUGGGAGGAAAUGUUGUUAAAUGGGUAUAGACCUGAUGUUGUUGCUUACAGUUCACUGAUCCAUGGCCUAUGCAGCGAUGGGUUUGUUGAAGAAGGUUUAAAACUUUUCAACGAGAUGCUGUGUGCAGGGUCUGGCUCUCAACCUGAUAUAAUCACUUACAAUAUACUUUCUAAUGCUUUGUGCAAGCAUGGUCGUAUUUCGCAUGCUAUUGAUCUGCUAAACAACAUGCUUGAUCGAGGCUGCGAUCCAGACUUGGUUACAUGUAACAUCUUUUUAAAAACAUUAAAAGAACAUACAAAUGGCUCGCAAGAUGGGAGUGAGUUUCUGGAAGAACUUGUGCUUCGGCUUCACAAGCGAAGGCAGGUUGCAGGAGCUUCCAAAAUCAUUGAAGUGAUGCUUCAAAAAUAUCUUACACCCAAAACAUCCACCUGGGAAAUUGUUAUUCAAGAACUUUGUAAACCCAAGAAGGUUCGAGCUGCUAUUGACAGAUGCUGGAAUAAUCUAUAUGUCCAAUGACAGAGGUGACAAGUAUUUCUU